AUGUCGUCUAAAAUGAUUAUCCACGGUUUGAACGUGCCACUGUGCGACACGGUCAAUCCGGAAAACACCGACAAUUGCUUCCCCUACUCUUUCAAAGGGAAAAAGAGUGAGAUUCUACCCAGAGGCUGGCAGGCAACCACCAACAGCCGGCCAUUGCCCGGUGAGAUUGUCUAUGAGCAGAACGAGGAGAUGAGGCAUUCCGACGGUGUCAAGAUAUAUUACGAUGUCUGCCGCCCCAACACGACGGACAAAGUCCCUGCUCUGCUUGCUCUGAGCCCCUACGGUAAGGGAGGUCACGGGUUCCUCAACUACGUUAUACUUCCCUACAGGGUGGGGAUGCCCGAGGAAAGUCUCUCUGGAUUAGAGAAAUUCGAGUCAGUCGACCCCGCCGAGUGGGUUCCGAGGGGCUAUGCCGUUGUCAACGUUGAUAUUCGCGGGUCCUGGGACUCGGAGGGCAACCUGUACAUUGAAGGAAUGCAGCCAGCUCGCGAUGCUGCCGAGAUCGUCGAGCACAUUGCCGCCCAGCCUUGGUGCUCGGGCUCGGUAGGCAUGCAAGGCAACUCGUGGCUGGCAGCCGUGCAAUGGAGUACAGCGACACUGGCUCCCCCGUCUCUCAAGUGCAUUGCGCCCUGGGAGGGGUUCACUGACAAGUACCGCGAGGUGAUUACUCGCGGUGGCAUCACCGAUGGCACCUUUGUCAACUUGGUGUACAAUGCCACCGUCCGGGGCCGGCAGAAGCGCGAGGAUAUUGUCGCGGCGGCCAUCAAGUGGCCCCUCAUCAACGAAUACUGGGAAGACAAGAUCAUCAAGACGAAGAAGAUCAAGAUCCCCAUCUACGCCGUUGCCAGCUACGGAUCGGGCAUCCACGGUUACGGCACGAUCCAGGGAUUCCGCAAGGCUCAGAGCGACAAGAAGUGGCUGCGCAUUCACAGCACCCAGGAGUGGUUCGACCUCUAUCGAAAGGACAACACGGACGAUCUCCAAAAGUUCUUUGACCGCUAUCUCAAGGGCGUCGAGAAUGACUGGGAAAAGACAAACCCUGUCCGCGUCUCUAUUCUCACCUUUGGAGACCGUUAUGGGCCCCAACCUAUUGUGAACUUUCCCCAAGACACUUACCCCCCAAAGAAGACAGAGUACAAGCGCUUUUUCCUCUCGGAAAACACACUUUCUCCUUACUACUCGGACGCCAUCGGAAAGGUAUCCUACCAGUCUGACGAUGCAAAGGCUCCGGCGGCCGAGUUCAAGUUCAUCUUCUCCAAGACCACGACACUCGCUGGCUACUCAAAGGCCAAGCUCUGGGUUUCGGCCGACGAGGCCGACGACUUGGACAUUUAUCUGUCCCUGCGCAAGGUUGACAGGAACGGCAAGCUCUUGGAGCACAUCAAUCUUCCCUGGUCGGCCCUACCGCCUGAUGUGAGCGCGCAGGAAGACGUGCCAAACUCGAACAUUGUCAAGUAUCUGGGACCUCAGGGUAUUCUUCGCGUCUCGCACCGCGCCCAGGAUCCGUCCAAGCAGGACAGCAUCAUGCCGUACCAUCCUCACAAGUCCAUUGACAAGAUCAAGCCGGGCGAAAUCGUGCCGGUCGAGAUUGGAAUCUGGCCCAUGGGAAUCAAAUUCUACGAGGACGAAGGUAUCGUGUUGCGCGUUCAAGGUUUUAAGGAUGCCUUUUGGGAAGUGCCGGAGUUUCAAAAGGGCAACGUCUCUGGCGUCAACAAGGGUAAAAACAACAUUCAUUUCGGCGGUCGAUAUGACACUGUCUUGACCCUUCCUUUCAUACCCAAUGUUUGA